CAGGAGGAUCCCAACUUCACGUCACCGUCUACGGGUCCAUGUUGGGUCGCGGUGUGAAGCGGAAGUGGAGCAGCUCUGAGGAGCCGGAGGCAGAGAGAAUCCCUGCUGCGUUAACAGCGGAGAAGAGGGAGGAGCAGGACGAUGAGUGGGGAUUCGGGGAGGAAGGUAGGGUCCUCCCGGCCGAGGGCAGAGCUGACACGACCCGCUUGCAGCAGCGUCAGCUUGUGCUGAGGCUGUGCCUGGAGAAGCUUGAGCGCUCUCAGGCCAGGGAGGAGGCCGGACUGCGGCACUCUGUGCUCCUCAUCAACACCUUGAGGCAGAUUCAGGAGGACAUGCGGAGGGAUGGGGCUGGAGCUGGGGGCCCCAGCUGUAGGGACCUCCCCACACAACUGCUGUCCACUUGUCCCGACACGCUCGUCUGUGUCCCCAACGUGUCAGAGUCACUGAUAGACGUUCCCCUCAACAGUGCGAAUACAGACUCUUGCCUUCUCAGAGGCGCUGUCGGGGAGGGCAUGUCGGUGAUAUGUCCGGGCUGUAUAGAGUUAGACAAGGGGUACCCCUCUCCACCUCCAUCCCAUCCCUCUCUGUCUGUAUUCCCCUCACACGAGCCCAUUGGCUCUUCUGGACUGCCCAAAUCACUUCCUGAUGCAGUAAACGCCAUGGGCUACCUCAGUGACCUUGCCCUUGAUGACAUCUUUGAGGACAUUGACACAUCUAUGUAUGAGACAUCGGACCUAUCCGCUGCGUGUGUGGGGAGCUCCUUCUGGCCCGUCAGCGUGUCAGUCUGGGGGGACGAGGAUGUGAAGAUGUUUUCGCCAGGACAGGCUUCGGCAGGGACCCGACAGUCGUGUGUGAUGGACCUUACUGACCUGGAGCACAUCAUGGAGAUCCUGGUUAAGUCCUGAUCACCAAUGCAACUGUUAUGCAAAGGCUAGCACUGCCACCUUAGGACAAGUGGGUGCUGGGUCGAUCCUGGGGCUUCUGUGUGAUAUUUGCGUGCUCUUUCAGUGUGUCAGUCCCUCCCUGGUUUUCAC